AUGAAGGGUAUUUUCUCCCGGGCUUUAUAUCUUACCUUGCCCCUUUUUUUAGCGUCCGCUGUUGUUGGCCAUCGGCAACGAUGUUCAUACGGCGACUCAUGCUGGCCCACCGAGGGUGAAUGGCAAUCGUUCAAUGCUUCCGUUUCUGGCCAUCUGAUUCGGACAUAUCCUUCAGCAGCAGUUUGCCAUGCGGAGCGCUAUGAUGACGCCAAAUGCACCGCUGCGAAAGAGAACUGGCUAGAUAGCUUCUGGCGAACAAACCAGACAGGAGCUUAUUCGGCAAUUUUAUGGGAGCUGGGUGAAAACGGACAAUGUUUCAUUGAUUCCCCACGGGAUGCUCCCUGUGAUCAAGGCAUCGUUCCACAUUACUCUGUGAAUAUACAAAGUACGAGCGAUAUCCAAACUGCUGUUAAAUUUGCAGCACAAAAGGAACUAUACCUGACGGUGAAGAACACCGGACAUGACCACCUCGGUCGUUCAAGCGGUCAAGGCGCAUUUUCGCUUUGGACACACAAUAUGAAGGGGAGAGAGUGGCAUACCUCCUUCAUUCCCAAAGGAGCUCCUCAGGAAACUACUGGUAUUCCUGCUGUGACACUCCAGGCAGGAGAACAAUGGCUGGAUGUAUACAGAGCAGCUGCUGAAAAUGGUGUGAUUGUCGUCGGAGGCUCAGCUCGAACUGUAGGCGCAGCUGGAGGAUACCUUACCGGUGGGGGUCAUAGCCCCUUUUCCCAUUUUUAUGGGUUAGCCGUGGAUAAUUUACUGGAAGUCAACCUUGUUGAUGCAAACGGGACACCACGGACCAUCAACCAAUAUACUGAUCCGGAAUAUUUCUACGCACUACGCGGUGGAGGCGGGAGCGCUUGGGGUGUGAUCACCUCAGUCACAUAUAAAACUCAUCCGAGUCCAUCCCACAUCCAAGUGGGUUUAGUCCAAUUCAACGUCACUAACAAUUCAACACUACGGGCCGUCAUUGAAAAGUGUCUGCAAGAGCUUCCAAGUAUUACGGAUGCAGGCUACACUGGCUAUGGCUCUAUGAACUUCCUAUCGGGCGGCAAAGAGCCCCUUGGAUUUGGAGCAAUUUUCAUUCAGCCCAAUGGAACCAAUGCCACCUUCACCCGGACUUUUAAGCCAUAUUACGACAUUGCCAAGAUGCAAGGAGUUUCCGGUGCUCUUGCCAACAUAGACUUCCCAAGCUGGAUCGAAUACGCUGAAGUAUUCGUGCAGGACCCAAACAUCGCCACAAAUAUUAUCGACGGGUCAAGACUGCUUACUUCGCAAGCAUUGUUGCACCGCACUCGGGAUCUAGUGGAUUUGAUGUUUGAAUAUGCAUCAUUUGGCCCUGGGUUCAACUUUAUCGGUAAAGUAAGUUCCGCUAAAAGAGACGAGACAUCUACGCAUCCUAUCUGGGAGCAAAGCAGGGCGCUUCUAAGUUUCGCGGCAAAUUGGAGAGAUGAUGCGUCAGCGAACGAGAAGCGAAACGCAAAGCUCAGUCUGGUAGAGAUCAGUAAGAAACUCGGCGACAUAGUUGGCCCAGGGGGUGGAACAUAUGUCAACGAAGCCAACCCGUAUGAGCCAGAUUGGCAAAAUGUAUUCUGGGGAGAGAAAUAUGCUCGGUUGUUAGCUAUCAAGAAGCGUAUUGACCCAACAAAUCUUUUUGUCUGCAACAGGUGUGUCGGGACAGACAUUGUUUUGGAGCCGUGA